AUGAAUCCAGCUGCUCAUAGUAAUUUUGAAUCGUUAAGUAAUGAACUUUUACUCGAAGUAUUCGAAUACCUGGAUGCAUAUGAUCUGUAUCUGACUUUUCAUGCGUUAAAUCAACGUAUUAAUGCACUCCUUCGACGUGCUAACUUACAUAUUCUCCUCGAAUCCUCAAAAAACGACGAAAAUGUACUAAAUGGAAUUUUAUCAUUCUUCACUCCAUCCCAGGUUCGUGUACUGUCUCUGAAUAUCGACAACACUACUUUGGCUAAACAGUUUGUAUCAUUUACUGACCAAAAUCUUUAUUCGCUGAACAUUUAUAAGCGACAUGGAAAUGCGUUAUUUGAAAUCAUUCCAUGCCUUUCAAGAAGCAGUCGUAUUAAAUAUCUACGCAUCGAUGAAGCUUUUGUGUAUGGCGUAUCAUCCACUCGGUCAUUAUUUGAUCUGAUAUUCAUUGAAUAUUCUGCUUACUUCACGUCAUUAGUUGUUGCAUCUAUCUCGUUUCAUUAUUACACAAAAGCUUCUCGAGUACAAACUGUUUUCCCACACCUUCGUCAUUUAUCACUCGCUAAAAUUACUUUAACAUCAACUUUAACUGACUUUCUCAGUUCUUCAACACCUAAUCUUCGAUCAUUAGUUAUUUUACCUACUAUACAGGAUUAUCUUUCACCUACAUUUGCUCUCAAACAAAUUCGACAACUACAUUUACGUUGCACUUACAAUUUCGAAUAUGUGGCAUCCUUGAUCAAAAUAUUUCCUUCUCUGCGGCGAUUAAAAAUCGAUUACGUUAAUUACUCUCGGAACUUACCCAGCACCAAUCCGAUCUGUAAGUCAUUGACUGAAGAGAAUUUACCGCACUUAAAGCAACUCACAAUCGAUUUCGAACCUGCUGUAGAACUAGAAAUCGUGAAAUCAUUCACUACCAAUGAGUUUUGGUCUGCUAAAAAACUCAAUGUAAUCAGAACAAUGAAUAAAAUGGAGUCACGAUGUCCAAUGGUAAAAUCGAUUUAUUUUGGUUCGCGAUUACAUUCGCUUAUUGAGAAACGAUUUAUAUAA